CGAAAAUGGGCAGCACAUUACCACCCGUACAGGUUGAGGGCGGUCUCAUUCAGGGACUUCCCAGCCCCCUCGACCCUGGGAUCACAAUAUACAAGGGCAUUCCCUACGCGGCUCCUCCUACUGGAGCCAAUCGAUUCAAGCCACCUCAGCCCAUUAUUCCCUGGGACGAUGCAGAGUAUGCGAUACCAUCGGCCCGGUGCCAUCCCCAGUCGGAAGACUGCCUGUACCUCAACACCGUACCGGUUUAUGUCUGGUAUCACGGUGGUGGAUUUCGCGAGGGCGGCAGCGCAGACCCCAACUUUGACGGGACUGGACUGGCGCAAAAGGGAGUCAUCGUCGUGGUGCCCUCCUUCCGACUGUCGAUCUUCGGAUACUUUGCCCAUCCCGAACUCAGCGCCGAGUCGCCGUCCGGAACGUCCGGGAUGGUCGGGAUGCUGGACGCGGUGGAGGUACUGAAGUGGGUGCGAUCGAACAUCUCCGUCUUCGGCGGCAACCCCAACCAGGUCACCGUCGGCGGGCAGUCGGCCGGAAAUGCAAUGAGCCACACUCUCCUGUCCUCUCCCUUAGCCAAAGGGCUUCUUCACGGCGUGAUCCUGCAAUCCGGGCCCCGCUCGUUCCAGGAGCCUGCCCUCGCCAACGGACCCAUGUCCUACCGAACCCUCCAGGAAGCGGAGGAGGACGGGGUGCAACUUCUCCGCGAGCUCGGCAUCAAGAGUGUCGACGAGUUUCGGAGAUUCGACAAUUUGGACAAGUUACGCGAAGUUUCGACCAAACGCGACCGGCGAUACUGGGGACCUCCCCCCUUGUUCCGCCUUAUCCUCGACGGCUACGUGAUCCCCAAGCCCUGGAGUGAGAUCCACGCGGAUGAGCCGCCCAACGACGUCCCCGUCAUGGCGGGCAUGAACAGCGAGGAAGGGGGCACCUACAACGAGCCGCGCUUCACCUACGAGGACUUUCUCGACUGCGUGGAGGGUCGUCUCGGCCCCAACUCGACGUACGGGAAGGGUAGCCCCGCCUACAUCGAGCGAUUCCACGAACUCUACCCUCUCCGCAACCAGGAGACCGGCCAGGGUCCGUUGGAAACGUGGAACCAGGCCGCUCGGGACAACACGCGCAACAACAUCGCCCUCUGGGCGCAGGAGUAUCACCAGAAGACCCAAUCCGCGGUGUACGGCUACUACUUCACCCACCCCAUCACCCCGUGGCGCAACUGGCAGCCGGAUCACUCCCAACCCAAAGUUCCGGGGUUCACCAACCAGAAGGGUCCGGUCGGGGGCGCGUAUCACGGGGCCGAGUUCGCCUACACGUUCAACAGUCUGAUCACGAACGACCUCCGCCCAUGGACGGAGACAGAUCGGGUGAUCGGCGACAAGGUCUCGACCCUGUGGGCCAAUUUCAUCAAAUACGGUAAUCCGAAUGGGUUGCAGGAUGCGUCUUCUCGUCCGGAGGGUGUGGCCGAGUGGCCCAGUCUCGUGGAUCAACCGGACACUCUGCUCGAGCUGGGCGGCGAGUGGCAGACGAUCAAAACGGUGGACGACCCAGCGCGCGCGCGCUUCUGGACGAACUACAUUCGCGCUCAGAGGGCUUGGUGA